AGAACAAAUAAUUGCUCUCUCUCUCUCUCUCUCUCUCUCUCUCUCCAUAGCGAAGGAGAGAGCUCUAUCGUCUUCGUUCUAUAAAACGAACUAAAAAAGAGCUCUUUCUUCGUUGACUGACGCAGACUACAAUCUUACAUCUCAAACAAAAUGCUCGCCAGAAUUAGAAUUAGAAUUAGGGUUUUAAGUAUUUAGCAAUUUAGGGUUUCAAUCGACACAGGAAAGCCAUGUCAGGGCUCCAUCGAUCUUCCAGCGUUCCACUGAAGAACGGUCUCCCUCCUCAAGAGCUCCUCGACGAUCUCUGCAGUCGAUUUGUUCUAAAUGUGCCUAAAGAAGAUCAACAAUCAUUUGAGAGGAUAUUGUUUCUCGUGGAGUAUGCACAUUGGUUCUACGAGGAUGUUUCAGUAGAAAAUAAUCCCUCGUUAAAGUCCUUCAAUUUGAAGGAAUUCACUUCUCUAAUGUUUAACAGUUGUGAUGUUCUAAGACCUUAUGUGGUUCAUUUAGAUGAUAUAUUCAAGGAUUUUACUUCGUACAAGGUCCGAGUUCCUGUAACUGGGGCCAUCAUUUUGGAUGAAACUUUUGAAAGGUGCUUGCUGGUGAAAGGAUGGAAAGGCACAAGCUGGAGUUUUCCCCGCGGGAAAAAGAACAAAGAUGAGGAAGACCAUACGUGUGCCAUCAGAGAAGUACUGGAGGAAACGGGUUUUGAUGUUUCAAAGCUUCUUAACAAAGAUGAGUACAUUGAAAUGAUAUUUGGACAGCAGAGAGUCCGACUCUACAUAGUUCCAGGUGUUAAAGACGAUACUGCAUUUGCUCCACAAACCAAAAAAGAGAUCAGUGAAGUUGCAUGGCAGCGGCUAGAUGAAAUUCAACCAGCUAAUAACGAUGUAAUAUCUCGUGGGAUCACUGGCCUCAAGCUUUACAUGGUUGCUCCCUUCUUGGGAGCUCUGAAAGGAUGGAUUUCAACACAUCAACCACCAGUAGUACCAAAACCUGACAAGCCUUUGAAAGGAAUCAGCGUGUGGAAGGCAAAGAACAGUUCUACAGGGAAUAAUUCAGUAAUAACGGAGAGUCAUUUAAUUAAACCUGUAGUUGAUGCUCAUUCGCCUGAUACAGGCACUGGCAGGAGCUUCCGAAAUUUCCGGUUUGAUACUGCUUUGAUAUUGCGAGCAAUGGAAACUGCCUUUGCUGCUUAGAUGCCGCCGAACUCAAAUCUGUUUUGUAAAGUGUUCUAUGUGCAUAUAGUUAGCUCAGCCAUUGCACCAGUUCUUUUGACAGCGCUCAUGGCCUCUUUCUUGUGCUAACUUAGUAGCUGUACCGGCUGUAUGCCUGGUGUGAUUUCCCGGUCUGAAUACAUGUACAUUCUGUAAGUAACGCUUGUACCAAGUUAAUCACCAGGGGAAAAAAAAUUGUGGCAAGGACUUUUGACAUUUGUAGUCUUUUAUUUUCACUUAUCGGUUACGUUGACAAACAUAUCUGACUUGCUUAUUCCAGUGUUGAUCCUUGAAUUGCUCUCUUUGUGAGUCGAGCAAAAAAUACAUUAGCAUUUCUUAUAGAUCGAUGUAAAUGAAGAGACAAAAGUCUCUGUUGGCUUAAGUGGAUGCGACUAUUAUUGUUAAUUCAACUUUAAAGACAGCAAGUCAACUUUCAUUGGUAUCUUAUUAAUUGUUGUUUUUGUAGCUUGA